AUGAGCCUCGGUUCUGUCUUGCUGUGGCAAUUUUGCAGGUUUGCAAGUGCCGCAAUAUUCCAGUUACGGAGAUACCGUGCUGUAACGUCGGUAGCAGUGUGUGUGACAAGCAACCAACGACAGCAUGCCGGACAGGAGUGGAUACUAGCGGACAUAAGCGAGAGAAGCAGCUUGCAUGGAGACUACCUGCAGGCCUACCUAGUCCCAUACUCUCUCCGUACCAAGGACGAACCUACCGGUAGACUCGAAGGGCCACCAGGCCAGUGGCGGUCAAAGGAAGCGGCGCGUUGA